CGGCACUCAUUUAUGAGACCCACUGCCAUCAAAUCAAAGAAACGAAAAUGAAAAACGAUACGCAUAUUUAAAGUUAAUAAUGUUGUUACAUAGUUGUUAUAUAUGUACAUUAUUUUAUCGUCAUUUAGCUCAGAAUAAAUAGUAAAAAGCAUUUUGUCAAACAUUGUGCUGAAAAGAAAACAGUUUCUCCAUUAAACAAAAUUCUCAAAAAGUUAUAAGCUUAUAUGUAUAUGUUUUUACGAUUUCAAUCCAAACAUUGAUUUAUAACCUUGAAAUUCGGCUAAAAUGAAAUUUCACUUUAAAAUGUUUUCUCACCGUUUAAAAUGUAUAAACAAGAUAAUCAUCAUUCGUUCACUUAAAACAAAUUCAAAGACAUUCAGAAGUUCAAAAUCAAUUAGGAGUGAUUUUAUAAAUUAUUUUACCAAUGACUUAAAUCAUGCUUUUAUAAGAUCAAGUCCAGUUAUGCCUUUAAAUGAUCCAUCUAUACCAUUUGUUAAUGCUGGAAUGAACCAGUUUAAAGGCAUACUAUUAGGAGAACAUAGUCCACCAGCUUUUAGAGUUGCAAAUUCACAAAAAUGUAUUAGAGUUGGUGGAAAACAUAAUGACUUAGAUGUAGUGGGAUCUGAUUCUUAUCAUCAUACAUUUUUUGAAAUGCUUGGGAACUGGUCUUUUGGAGAUUAUUUUAAAGAAGAAGCUUGCAAAUAUGCUUGGGAUCUUUUAGUCAAAAUUUAUGGAAUAAAAAAAGAGUAUUUAUAUGUGACAUACUUUAGUGGAAGUGAGAGAUUGGAUAUAAAACCUGAUUUAGAGUGUAAAGAUAUAUGGUUGAAAAUUGGAGUACCUGAAGAUCAUAUAUUACCUUUUGGUAUUGAAGAAAAUUUUUGGGAAAUGGGACCUACUGGACCUUGUGGACCUUGUACAGAAAUUCAUAUAGAUCAUACCAUGCAUUUAAAAAAUCAAGCAUCCAGAGUAAAUAAAGGUCAUGAUGAUCUCACAGAAUUGUGGAAUAUAGUCUUUAUUCAAUAUCAAAGGCUACGAAAUGGACAAAUAAUACCAUUAGCAAAGAAACAUAUUGAUACUGGCAUGGGAUUUGAAAGGCUAGUCACAAUAUUACAAGAAAAACGUUCUAAUUAUGAUACAGAUCUCUUUCAGCCACUCUUUGCAGCUAUCGAAAAAUGCAGUGGUGCUCCAAAGUACGAAGGAAGAUUUGGAGUCGCCGAUAAAAAUAAAAUUGACACUAGUUACAGAAUAUUAGCUGAUCAUGCAAGAAUGGUCACUGUGGCUUUAGCAGAUGGAAUAUUACCAGACAAGAAUCACAAACUUAGGAGGAUAUUAAGAAAAGCUAUUGAUAUUAGUGAAGAUAUUUUCAGAUCCAACAAACUCUUAGUGGAAUUGACAAAUCACGUUGCCAUGAUUUUUGGAGAUGUUUAUCCAGAAAUUGAUAAAAACUUGAGCAAAAUUCAACAUAUUAUAAAAUUUGAAACAGAAAUUAUGAAAUCUGCAAGGCAUGCUGCUGAACAAAAUUGGAAAAAAGUUGUGGAUAAACGGCCUGAACUUUCUAUUAUUAAAGAGACAACUUUACCAGGAUUAACCGCAGGAUACUCUGAAUUACAAAGUUUUUUGAAAACAAAGUGUAAUGUUAAUAGUUUGCCUGGAGAUUUUGCUUUCAAAUUAUAUGACACUUAUGGAUUGAAUUUUGAAGUUAUAUGUAAAUUAGCGGAAAUCGAAUCUAUAAAAUUCAAUAUUACUGAUUUUAAAGACGCUCUCGAUAAAGCAAGAAAGCAAUCACGGCACGAAAUAGCCAUGAAAUUAGACACUGAAAUAAUAUCAGACUAUUCAUUAAAUUUACUUGAAUCUGCUAAUGUGCCAAAGACUGAUGAUUCAUUCAAGUAUGAUUACACUUACAACGAUCAGAAAUAUAUUUUUCCUGUUCUAAAUUGUAAAAUAUUAGGAAUGGUUAUUAAUGGAAAUUUGAUAUCCGAACCUGAAACUAGUUUAAAUAUAGAUGAAAGUCAAACCAUUGUAGAAGCUACAGUAACUAGUAGUGGAAAUAUUGUUGAAAGCAGUGCUGUAGUUAAUACAACUGUUGAUGUAGGCAUUAUUUUGGAUAGAACACCAGCAUAUUCAACAGCUGGAAGUCAAAUUUCUGAUAAAGGUCAAAUUCAAAUAAAUAAUUUAAUUUUCAAAUUUGAAGAUGUCAGAAAAAUUCGUGAUUAUGUGAUCCAUGUUGGACAUUUUGUAGAUUGGGAUGAAGCAAACCCAGAACAUGAAUUACAUGUCGGAGAUGAAUGUAUAGUUUCAAUUGAUGAAAAUAGCAGAUUGGCUACUAUGAGACAUCACACUGCUGCUCAUUUAUUGAAUGCUGCUUUGCAAAAAACAUUACCUGUGGUUGGUCAACGAGGUAGUGAUGUGCUUAAUGAUGUAUUGAAAUUUGAAUGUAGCACUUUUGGAAGAAAACUAUCAGUGCAAGACAUAAGUAAAAUUGAAGAAAUGAUUAAUAAAACUAUUGAAGCUGAUGUUCCAAUCAGAACAAAGACUGUAAAUAUACUACAAAUGUUAAAUGAAGAUAACUUGACUGUAAUUCCUGGAGAAGUUUAUCCGGAUAAAGAAAUAAGAAUUAUUCAACUACAAAGUGACAUUUUGAGUUCAAAAGAAGCAUGUUGUGGCACUCACGUUCAUAAAACUGGAGUUUUAGAACAUUUUUGUAUAACAAAUGUGAAAUCUCAAGGAAUCGUUAGUUUAAACUUGAAAGCUGUAGCAGGUCCGAAAGCUCAAUUAAGAAGAAUUGCUGGUGAUAAUUUAAGAAAAAGAAUUUUGAAUUUAGAAAAAGGAUUUGAAUCUAGUAGUAUAUCAUUAAAUGAACUUGCAUUAAAAGUUACUGAUGAGAAGCGUGAAUUAAUGGAUAAGAAUAAAAGAAUACAGUAUCCUUACGUUGUUGUUCAAGAAUGUUUGACUAAAUUGGAAUCAUUAUCGAAAAAAAUUAUUAUGAAAGAAAGAGAAUUGAUGAGAAACACAAUAGAAGAAGAAAUUAAAAAAAUGUUAGACAUAUCAUCUUUACCUUUUGUUGUUCAUUGCUUGCAACCUAAUAAUACAUCACUUGAAAAUAUUUCCUUGAAAAAUAUUAUAAAAUUGUGCCCUCCUACUACACCUGUAUUAGUUAUUGUACAUUGCAAAAACAAAGUAAAAGCACGCUGCUUUGUGCCAAAGGAACUUCAAUCAUCAUCAUUUAAUGCAAAAACGUGGAUGGAAGAGAUUUUACAAGUAUUCCUUACAAAAGGUUAUACUUUAAAAGAUGAAGAUCCCCUGGUUGCCUAUAAUAUGCAUCCAACUCAAAUUUCCAAUGAUAACUUCAAAGUAUCAAUUGAUAAAGCAAUAGCAGCUGCAACAAAAUUUGCAUCAACAUAUGUCAAUCGAAGUAAAAAAGACAAGCCAAAUAAAUAACGUAAGUUUUGUUGAUAAAAACGUAUGUAGUCACAUUUUAUUUAAUAAAUAUAAAAAUUAUUGUUAAAAUCAUUAUCUAGUAUUGUAACAAUAAACUAUACAUAAAUUAACUA